AUACAUUUCACACGCUAACCGAACGCCUCCCUCGCUCUCCCCUUAAAAAAAUCCGAUUUUUUCUCCUCCUCAAAUCACGUCGAUCGGAUCCGAAAGCGGGAAAGCUUUUGAUAGAAUUCGAUCUUGGGAAUCCAAGUAUACCCACUCAAUGCGAUCGGUGAAGGAGAGAUUUGGAUGAAAAAUCCAAUCUUGUAGGGUUUUUCUUCCCCAAGUUGUGAUCUUUUUGCGAAAUGGGUUGCUUCCCGUGCUUCGAUUCCAAGGAGGCAGCGCAGCUGAAUCCCGGAAACCGGGCGGGUGACAGGAGGGAGGAGCAGCCCAUGGUGCCCCCUCGCGUCGAUAAGUUAUCUUCUGGAGCUGAUAGGAUGAAGACCAGAAGCAAUUUGGAUUUGAAAAGGGAAUCAUUGGGACCAAGGGAAGAGUCUGGUUUUAAUAUUUCAGCACAGACAUUCACCUUUCGGGAGCUUGCAGCAGCAACAAAGAAUUUUAGGCCAGAAUGCUUUUUAGGGGAAGGAGGGUUCGGACGGGUCUAUAAAGGUCGUCUGGAAAGCACGGGUCAGGUUGUAGCUAUCAAACAGCUUGAUCGGAAUGGGCUUCAAGGAAAUAGAGAAUUUCUGGUGGAGGUCCUCAUGCUUAGUCUGUUGCAUCACCCCAACCUAGUUAACCUCAUUGGUUGCUGUGCUGAUGGAGAUCAACGCCUACUCGUGUAUGAGUAUAUGCCUUUGGGAUCAUUGGAAGAUCACUUACAUGACCUCCCACCUGGUAAAGAACCAUUGGAUUGGAAUAGAAGGAUGAAGAUUGCUUCUGGUGCAGCCAAAGGGUUGGAGUACCUUCAUGAUAAAGCUAACCCUCCAGUCAUAUAUAGGGACUUCAAAUCAUCCAAUAUAUUAUUGGAUGAGGGGUUUCACCCAAAGCUCUCUGAUUUUGGGCUUGCCAAACUCGGUCCUGUUGGUGAUAAAUCUCAUGUCUCAACAAGGGUGAUGGGAACCUAUGGAUAUUGUGCUCCAGAGUAUGCUAUGACUGGACAAUUAACAGUCAAGUCCGAUGUCUAUAGUUUUGGAGUUGUAUUAUUAGAGUUGAUCACUGGAAGGAAGGUCAUUGACAGUACCAGAGCACAUGCGGAACAAAAUCUUGUUUCAUGGGCUCGGCCCAUGUUCAAUGACCGAAGGAAACUCCCAAAGCUAGCUGAUCCAAAGCUUCAAGGGCGAUACCCCAUGCGUGGGCUCUGCCAGGCCCUUGCUGUGGCUUCAAUGUGCAUUCAAGAGGAAGCUGCCUCUCGCCCACUUAUCGCUGAUGUUGUGACUGCUCUGUCCUACUUGUCCUCCCAGGCUUAUGAUCCCAGUGCAGGACCUAAUUAUAACAGUAGAUAUGGUGGGGAAAGGAGUGGUGGCAAUGAGAAAGGUGGCAGGAUGCUUGUGAAAAAUGAAGGAUCCGGGCAUGAGCGGGGACUAGACAUGGAGAAAGAGGACUCUCCAAGGGAGGUGGUCGGUAUCUUGAACAGGGAUUUUGAUCGCGAGCGAGCUGUGGCGGAGGCCAAGAUGUGGGGAGAGAAUUGGCGGGAGAAGAGACGGGCUAAUGCUAAUCUGCAGGAAAGUUACGAUGCUGCGAGCGGAAAUGGGUAGGCGCAGGCUUGAACACUUCUCGUUCCAUUUUUUAUCUGUAGAAGAGAGAUGAAACCAUGAAGUAAGGAACUUGUUUAGAUAUUAGCUUAUCAUUUCCUUUUUCCUUUUCGCUUAACGUGUUAGAUGGAAGGGAAGAGGUGGGAGAGUUGAGUAUUUAAUUUCUAGAGGGAGCGAGGCUUUAUAGUGGUUAUGAGUGGUAAUCCCAGACAAGUUAUUUUGCUUAUGAAUUUUUUUUUUUUAAAAAUAUGUAUGAUGGAAGAGAUUUGUAUAAUGUAUAGUCUUUUGUUUGCUUC